CUUCUUUGAUAUUCACCGGUGCUUGUGUCGUGGAUUUGCUUUCGAGGGUACUUGCCCUCUGCCACUCCUUUCCAGUCUCUCAUUACGUUGUUUGGGGUUGGCAACUGAAACUGUCCCCGCCAUUCCUUUGCUCAUUUCAAUAAGAGCUUUUGUUACCGUAAUUUAUCUGCGGUCAGUCAGCAUGAAGUUUUCCAAGCCUUCUGGUUUGGUGGCUCUCGGUUUGGCUGGAGGUGUUCUGGCAGAUGGUGGCCAGGCUCGGACCUUGACCGGAGCCAUCACCACCCUUGAUGGCGAUGCAUGGGCUUCUGCUCCUGCCGGCCCUACAGCUCCUAUCACUGUGACUAACACUGUGACCAACACCGCCACCGUCACCAUCACCGACACCAGCACCGUCAUGUCGACCACAACCACCACUGAGACUCUGACUAAGGAAGCCACCACCAUUUACCGCUCAACCGUUCUGGUUGCCCCAGGUUUCUGCACUUCCACUAUUGUCAAUGUCGACCCUGCCACUGGCGGCCAACCAUGGCCUCCCCCGGGCCCUGCUUCGACUGGCGUUCAUCCAGCUGGCAACAGCGCCCCUCCUCCUGCCCAUGCUGCCCCCACAGCAUCAUGGGGCCCGGCUCCUCCGGCUCCUGCUGCAUCGACUGCAACAGACACCCGAAGUGGCAAGCCCCCAGGUCCGGCCCCGUCACAAGGAUCACCCGCAGACGUCACCAGCACUCUCACAAUUGGAAAAGCUUCUACCAUGACUCUUGUCGACCCCUCUGCCCCGACAGGAGAUGCCAAUUGGAUAGACUGGGCUAACGAUGUCAGUACCAUCGGUACCGACGGGGAUGUCUGGGUUUGGACCGGCGCGGGGCCAGUGGCUACUCAAAGUGGUCCUGCACCAACUUACACUGGCAUUCCUCCUGGCAGCGGCGGAGGAAAUGGAUCGCUCCCAACCCCAGGAUCUUCCUUUUCCAAUGUCACCGCACCAUACGAAGCCCUUCCUGAGGGGUGGUGUAACACCGCAGGAGAUAGAAGCAAGUGGUGUGAUGGCCAAACCAUCAAUUCUGAUGCUUAUACUGCAGGCUAUAAGAGCGGAAAAACAUGCACCUAUGACUUCACCAUCACGAACACGACAAUGGACUUCGACGGUUCUGGCCCCAAGCUCGCUCUCGCAAUUAAUGGGCAGGUUCCAGGACCCACCAUUGAAUGUAAUUGGGGCGACAUCCUCCAAGUUACCGUACACAACGAGAUGCAGGACAACUCCACAACUAUCCACUGGCACGGAAUUACCCAGAAGGGUACUAAUGAUCAGGAUGGUGUCCCCGGCGUUACCGAAUGUGCUAUUGCUCCUGGCUCCUCCCGCACAUACACCAUGUGGCUGGAGCAGUACGGCACUGGUUGGUAUCAUUCUCACGCCAUUGCUCAAUAUGGCGAAGGCAUCCGUGGCCCCAUGAUCAUCCAUGGACCUGCCACCGCCAACUAUGACUUCGACAUGGGUACAGUGAUGAUUGAUGACACCUUCCCCGUCAAUGCUCAACAACAAAAUGAACGCAUUUCCCACUUUGGCCCCUCUGGCACCGUCAACUACCUCCUAAAUGGUCACAACACCAUGGCCAACCUUUCUUCUGGUCAGCACACUCUGUGGUCCGUGACUCCAGGCAAGAAACAUCUCUUCCGCUUGAUCAACUCAGCCUCACAAAACAUGUACUCGGUCCACUUUGACAACCACCAGAUUACUGUUAUUUCCAUUGACUAUGUUCCCAUCGUGCCGUACACUACCGAAUGGCUCAACAUCGGUAUUGGUCAACGAUAUACUGUCAUCGUUGAAAUGAACCAGCCUGUGGGAGGCUAUUUCCUACGUGCAGUAACCCAAACCGGCUGCCCCUCUGGUUGCCAGAAUACCGGUUUGGGUACUGCCAACGGCAUCUUCCUAUAUAAGGGUGCCCAACCAUACUUGCCGACCACUACUGUCAAUAAGACCCUUGCUGAUUUCAAUUUUUGCCUCGACGAGCCUCUUGCAUCCUUGGUCCCGUUCCACCAGAAGGCUGCUGGUACCAAGGACCAGUUCUCCGCGACUGCAUCCACAUUGCCUGCUGGCAACGUUGCUCAAGUGGCGACCAGCGACGAUGGCACCGUGUUCCGCUGGUUUUUGAACAACGGCGCCAUCGAUGUCAACUACACUCAACCUACCCUCCAGACUAUUGCUCAAGGCGGUAACAGCAGUCUCAUCUCCAACCCCAUCACAUUGAGUACCGCCAAUCAGUGGGUCUAUUUCAUCAUCCAGAACCAGUUCUUUGCAUCCCACCCAAUGCAUUUGCAUGGCCACGAUAUGAGUGUUCUGGGUCAGGGCACCGUUGCAUGGGAUCCUUCCUUGAUCCCGACUCUCAACUUUGACAACCCUACCCGUCGGGAUACCGUCAUGCUUGCUGGCUCUGCUGGUCCUGGCUCCCCUCCAGGAUAUACCGUCAUAGGCUUCCAAACCGACAACCCAGGUGCCUGGCUAAUGCAUUGCCAUAUUCUGUGGCAUGCAGAUGGUGGACUUGCUCUCCAGUGGGUGGAAAGACCCACAGAUAUUCCCGCCUAUGCGAACAACCAGCCCUUCAAAGACGAGUGCUCCAGCCUUAGUGCCUGGCAAAAUGCAGGGCCUGGCCGCGUUCAUGGUUCUGGCAGCUCGGGCUUGAAGAGGCGCACGUAUCCGGAUGAGGGUCGUUUCGGAGAUGUCGUUCGUCGCUUCGAGUCAUCUGGCAAGCAUUUUCUUGAUAGCAAUGUGAGACGUGGUCUGGGGGAUGGCUAUAAGCCACGACACAUGCGCAAGUAGAGCCGCAGUCCUCAUCAAGGCACUGCUCUUAUGGACCUUUAUCUUACUUCUAUUGGCAAGCAUCACAUGGGCGCCGAGAACUUCGGGGUCAGGGGUUUUGGGUUGCGGUUUCACUGGGUGUAGGAUGAUUGUAUAUUCCAAUUUAGGGACCCCUUGUAUGGUCCUUGAAUUGAUUACACUUGGAUUUUUGAUUUCAUUUCGACUGAUAGAUCGGCCCACGUCAGGAAGGUUGGUCAGUCUUGCUACAAUGUGACCUUGGAGAUCCUCGAUAGAUAUCGAACAAAUAUAUGGUUCGGGGAGACUUUACUCAGCAC